AAUAAAAUGGAACCCAUCAGGAUCUUUAAUUAUUACUGCCGGUUGUGAUAAAAUUAUUAUUUUAUGGGAAGCCUAUUCUACAACUAUAAAAAAAAGUUAUUGUUUACAUAAAGAAACAAUAACAGAUUUAGUAUGGAAAAAUGAUAUGAUUUUUGCAUCAUGUUCAUAUGACAAAUCAAUAUACAUCUAUGAUAUUACAAAAGAAAAUCCGAUUGAACAAUAUCUCGGUCAUGAGGAUAAGAUUUUUUGCUUAGCAUGGGAUCCUUCUAAAAAAUAUCUUGCAUCAGGAUCUGCUGAUAAAACAGUUAGA